AAUGCAGCGUGCGGCCGAAUACGGAAAUAAGCAUGGGCGCGCUUAGGUUAAUGUAGCAUCAUGGGUUGGACCAUAGGUUAUACUUCGUGCGACUGUUGGUAUGCGGUAAAACCGGUAUUUUUGUGACUCUCCAAUUCCCACGACGAACAGACAACCCCGUGGCCAUGUCUCAGAGGGAACUUAAGGAAGCGUUUGUGAGUAAUCUGAAUGGGACCAGUCUGCAGGAGGUGGGACUGGGCUCGUUUAUCUCCCCUCUAUGCCUCAUCAACAGAGGACUGAUUCUGAUACUCUACCAUCAGGCCAAAGGGACUCUUCCACUGCCACUUCCACUGAUUUCUCACCUGCUUUUGGACUUCUCUGUGCUUAUUCUUCCCCUUGUCCUAUCAUGCACUGUUCUGAGUAGCAUUCUUCACCAGGUCAUCAUAAGCCUGACCAUCGUUUCAGCUUGUAUGUUUUGCUAUAUCAACAGACAGCCUUCUGCUAGGCACCCAGAUAAUGCUCUCAGCACCUUCCUUCAAAGUCAUGUUCAGUUUCAUCAGGUUCCCUUUGUGACUGUCUUCAGAGUGUUUGUAAAUGUGAAAACAGCCAUCAGCAUCCUUGCCGUAGACUUUAGUGUCUUCCCAAGGCGAUAUGCUAAAACAGAAACCUAUGGUACAGGGGUUAUGGACUUUGGGGUUGGAGCGUAUGUGUUUGCAAAUGCCCUUGUCUGCUCAGAGGCACGGAGGAAGAACAUCUCUGGAUCCAAGAUGGAUCAUAUCAUGAAGCAGCUCCUGUCUGUCUGGCCCCUGGUUGUUCUUGGCAUGGGAAGGCUUUUGAGCGUCAAAAUGACCAGUUACCACGAGCAUGUGACAGAAUAUGGCAUCCACUGGAAUUUUUUUUUCACACUAGCAGUCGUCAGAGUUGUGGCCUCUAUGGUGCUGGCCAUUUUGCCAGCCAAUUCCUCGUGGUUCUUUGCCCUUCUGAUCAGUGGAUUUUAUCAACUCACCCUAGAGACAUCAGGGCUGAAGGCCUUCAUUAUCCACAACAAUGACAGAGAAAAGGACUUUCUGCAUGCUAACAAGGAGGGUAUAUUCUCUGUGGUGGGCUAUGUAGCCAUCUACAUGGCAGGAGUUCAGGUGGGGCUCUAUGUGAUGCAACCAAGAUCCCAGGUUAGAUCGUGGCUCAAAGUGCUUUCUACACUCUUGUUGGGUAGUUUUGUCCUAUAUGCAGUUUUGUACACAUGUCAGACACUUGUGGAGCCAGUGUCUCGCCGCUUAGCUAAUUUUCCUUUCUGCAUCUGGAGUGUUGCUCAGUCUUUGCUUUUUAUGUCCAUCAUUGGUAUAGCUGAUAUGGUCUUACUGUUUUCCAAAAGAAUAUCAGACUGUCACUUUGUACCCUCAUCAUGGAAUCUGUGUAAAAAGCAAUCAGACUCAGCCUUUGUCAGAAAGUCAGGUGAACUAGAAACCCUCUGCCUUGUUCAAGCUGUCAGCAGGAAUCAGUUGCUAUUCUUCUUGCUUGCAAAUGUCCUGACGGGAUUGACAAACUCCAUAGUGGACACGCUUAGUUGUAGCAGUUUCUUUUCAGUGUGUGUUUUGCUAUCAUACAUGUUCAUGAAUUGUGUCAUAAUAUAUAUUUUACAUCUUUGUGCAAUUACAUUAAAAUUCUGGUAAACUUACAUUUUUAACCGUACUAGAGGGUUCAUUUGUCUGUUGAAGGUUCUUGUGGGCUUGGAGAGAUCAGACAUUAAAAUUCAUCACAAUUAAAAACACUGGGAAGAGUUAAUGUAAGAAAAUAUAAACUGUUGUACAUGAUACCUUUUUAUAUAUGCAAAGUAAUACAUGUUUUAAUAAAAUCAUAUUUCAGAACAAGC